CUAGUAAUAGCAAAAUAUCAAGCUCCUAACUCCACAAAAACAAACCUAAAAACACCAGGGAACUGCGAAGAACAAGGGAUGAAACAGUUGCAGAACUAAGGACUAUGAAAACUGAGGUAUAUGUAGAACAAUAACAUCCUAUCCAUUAGAAAUGCCGACUCAAUCCCAUUCCACCACCACCAACAAACUCUACUUCUACUAUGGCCAUCGCAAACCUUCUCAGAAUCGACCUACUGUACAAGGUGGUCACUUCUCCAAUCGGAAAACCAUAAAAAACCCUAAUCAAAAUCCAUACAGAGUUAUAAAAUCAGAACAGCCUCCUUUCAAUUUGGAAAAAUGGGAUUCAGGUUCACAGCAAACAAUUACCUCACAUACCAAAACCCCAUCAGAGAAAUUUUUCUCCAUUGCCAAAACUCUAUCACCAAUCGCCAGAUACAUUUGCGAUUCCUUGAGGAAACACAAUCAUUGGGAUCAAAAUGUGAUUACUGAUCUCAACAAACUCCGCAGGGUAACACCAAAUUUAGUUGCUGAGGUUCUCAAAGUCCAAACUGAUCCAAAACUCUCUUCCAAAUUCUUCCAUUGGGCAGGUAAACAAAAGGGUUACCGGCAUAAUUAUGCUUCAUAUAAUGCUUUUGCUUAUUGCUUGAAUCGUAAUAAUCAGUUUAGGGCAGCUGAUCAGGUGCCUGAACUCAUGAGUAAUCAAGGUAAAUUACCUACUGAGAAACAAUUUGAAAUUUUGAUAAGGAUGCACUCUGAUGCUGGUAGGGGACUUAGAGUUUACUUCGUUUAUGAAAAAAUGAAAAAAUUUGGGGUUAAACCUAGGGUUUUUCUGUAUAAUAGGAUAAUGGAGGCUUUAGUAAAAACGGGUCAUUUGGAUUUGGCAAUUUCAGUUUAUGAGGACUUUAGAGAAGAUGGUUUGGUAGAAGAGAGUGUUACUUACAUGAUUUUGAUCAAAGGGUUGUGUAAGGCAGGUAGAAUCGAUGAGGGUUUUGAACUUCUGAGACGAAUGAGGGAAACAUUGUUUAAGCCUGAUAUUUUUGCUUAUACUGCAAUGAUUCGUGUUUUAGUUUCUGAAGGUAAUUUUGAUGGGUGUUUGAGAAUAUGGGCUGAAAUGCAGAGGGAUGGUGUUGAACCAGAUGUUAUGGCUUAUACGACUCUGGUUACUGGAUUGUGCAAGGGUAACAAAGUUGACAAGGCUUAUGGACUCUUUAAAGAGAUGAAAGAGAAAAAAUUCUUAAUCGACAGGGCAAUGUAUGGGGCAUUGGUCGAUGCAUUUGUAGCUAAUGGAAAGAUCGGUUCAGCGUGUGAUCUGUUGAAGGAUCUUAUGGCAUCUGGCUACCGGGCUGAUUUGUCUAUAUAUACUUCUCUCGUAGAAGGUCUGUGUAGUGUGAACUGUGUAGAUAAGGCUUAUAGACUCUUUGAAAUUACAAUCCAGGAUGGCCUCAAUCCAAACUUUACAACUAUAAUGCCUAUAAUGAUAUCAUAUGCAGAGGAGAACAGAAUGGACGACCUCCAUAAAUUGCUCGUGCAGAUGCAGAAAUUAGGGUGUCAGGUCAAUGCAGAUCUCCCCAAGUUUUUUUCGUUAUUUAUUGAAAAGGGGAAAAGAGAAAAUAGAGCUUUAGAAGUGUUUGAUUAUUUGAAACAGAAAGGGUACUGCAGUGUUUCAAUUUACAAUGUCCUAAUUGGUGCCCUAGAAAAUAUUGGUCAAGUUAAAAGAGCAAUAUCUCUAUUUGAGGAAAUGAAGGAUUGUGACUCCGAUUUAAAACCUGACCCUUCUACAUACAGCAAUAUAAUUCCUUGUUUUGUGGAUCUUGGGGAUAUGAAGGACGCAUGUUCAUGUUAUACUAAGAUCAAGGAGAUGUCAUCAGUUCCUACUGUUUUUGCCUAUUCUGCGCUGGUGCGAGGUCUAUGUAAGAUCGGAGAGAUAGAUGCAGCUUUUACACUAGUACGGGACUGCUUGGGAAAUGUUACCAAUGGGCCCAUGGAGUUCAAGUACUCUCUUACGAUUAUUCAUGCUUGUAAAUCAUGCACAGAUGAGAAGGUUAUUGACGUGCUUAAUGAGAUGAUGCAGCAGGGUUUCCCACCUGAUGAUGUUAUCUAUUCUGCUAUUAUCUACGGUAUGUGCAAUUACGGGACUAUAGAGGAAGCAAGGAAGGUGUUCUCAGGUCUUAGAGUUCGUAAGCUUCUUUCUGAAGCAAAUUUGAUUGUGUACGAUGAGUUACUUAUCAAUCAUACACAAAAGAAGAUGGCAGGAUUGGUGCAGGCCAGCUUGAAGUUUUUUGGUUUGGAAUCAAAAGUGAAAUUGAAGAGUAGCACAGUUAUAACAAGUUAAGCAGAAGCCUUUAGUGUCUGCUGAGGAGAAUAACUUCUAACUCCUUGUGGUAAAAUUGGAGCUAGGAAAACGAAGAGAGUGUUCUCCAGUGAGCCAGAUGAGAAGAACCUAGACGAAAAAUGCUGAGUUCAAUGAGACUGGUUUAGUUUUCUAUAUUCUACAACCUUUGUUUACUGACCAUACUUUUUUGUGGACGAUGUCAUCAUCAUGGAUCUCAUAUUGCUUCUUGCAACAAUUCUUUUGCUCCAGGAACUUAGAGCUCAGAAUUUCUGAUCUUUUAUGUCUUAACGUUAGUUUGGAUCUACACGUUUUCAUUGUGGAAAGUUGCAGCCACUCGGUCAUUUUUGAAGUUGUACGACUCAUGGUGCCGAUUGAAGCUUGUACAUGGUAUUCCAGGUAUAUGGCGACUCAACUAGUUUGAAACUGAAGCUCAGAAGACUUGAAGAACAGGAGACAAAUUUCAAGACAAUCUACAUAGAAGCCUAAGUUUGAAGUGCCUCUGUGCCUGCAUUUAGAGACUGAAAACUAAUAAAGCACUUACGAAGAAAGAAUGAAGUUUUUGUUGCUCAGAAGAAGAUGACUAAGAUGGAAGAAAGAAUUGAAGUUUAGACGAUCAGAAGACGGAUGGGUUAAGCCUCAACAUUGACAAAAACAAUGAAGAGUCUAAUAGAUGGAGAUAUGGUUGGUUGUAUGAAAGGACGGAACUCAAUUUAACCUGUCUCUUUUACACCUUUUAGAGUGAACCAAGGUUUCAGGUGACAUCACGUUAUAACGGCCUUGCAGGCCAAAAAAAAGGUUUAAAAAUAAAGUGGCAGUUUUUUCGUUA